GCAGAGGAAGUGCGAACCUAAACACCUCAGGUUUUUCACACUGUUGGGUGCGACAGUGUGUUUACACUCCUGAUCCCUGUUCCUGCCCCAGCGGAGCGGAGUGUGCAUCCUGUGCCCGGAGGGAGCGCGCUGUGGCCGCGGACAUGUGUGAGGAGCCCGGGGCCACGCUCACGGUCCGCCUCGUUCGCUCUUUCGAGUACUGUAACUUUCGGCCCGUGGUGUUCCGGGAGGUGUCACUGGAGCAGAGCGUGCGGGAGUUUACUCAGCAUGUGCUAAAAGAUAUUGAGACCAAACCGGGACUACCGCCUCCAUUUAGGAAGUAUCAAUACGACACAAUGAAAGUUAUCCAUCAAGCACAUGGAGCUAAGACAAAUGACCUGGUUAUGAGUUUAGACGACCAAGACAAACCAUUUCUACAGGAAAAUCAAACACUUCGAGACGCUGGAGUUAGCAAUGAGACAGAGCUGGCGUUCUUCAAGAAAGCAGACUACGACACAUUCAAAGCCAACCCCCAGGUGGCGUGGUAACUGGUUCUUUUCUCCUCCACACACGUGACCCUCACAACUGACCACUAAUGAGGACAAAGGUCAAAGGUCAUGCACCCAGAUUCCAGAGCGGACAUAAUAUUUACACACAGGAGUUUUAGAAUAAGUUAAGCUUCAAAUUGAUGCUGGUGUGCCUUUUUUUAGUUUUUUUAUUGCAUGGAAGAAUGAAAGAAUGUUUGUUUAAAUUAUGUUUUUAAAUGUGGGAAAUAAAGGUUUUCUCAAGUUUGUUGAGUACUCAAUCGUAUGCCAAUUUUUUCCCUUCUUUUUAAGAAUUCCUGUUGUAAAUUUUGCUGAUUAAAAACAUCUGUGGAAUUC